AUGAUCAUCAAAGUGCACUUACUGCAGUACGAUUUGUGCAGGUUUGCGUGGUUUAGAAAUGAUAACAAUGAUCUCUACCUGUUCACAUGUGGUUCAGACAAGAUCAUUAUCAUUUGGCGGCUGGUCGUUUUUACCCAUGACGCUAUUCAAUUUAAUCGUGAAAAUUUGAUCUCAGCCCCGAUGGGCAUCAAUGACCUGUUAGUAUCACUGUCUGGACCAUCAUUGUUGGCUUCGUGUCAGGACCGACAACUACGCUCAUACAGUUUCACAGGAAAAUUGCUCAGUACAGUACGUGGCACUGGUGGUGAAGCAGAUCUUCAACAGGGUUCACUUGGAAAA